AUACAUGCUGGUGAUCUGAUUCUGAGAUCCAGCGGCCAUGAAGGCAGUGCUGCAAAGCUCCGUGGAGAGCGAAGGGCAUGACAAGGCACAGAAGACAUCAUGGCUAUCUACUGCAGCCAAGGAAGUCACCAGUUGUGACAAUUUUUCAUACCAUUAGACUGACCUUUUUAAGGUCGGCUGUGGAACUACCCCAGUGCAACAGCUUUUUCACUAAAAAUCUUCCCGCACAGGUUUUGGUCAUCACUGGAAAUGGCAGACAACCAACACAGCUGGUACAAGAAACUGCUGGAGUAGAGGAGGAGGCGGAUGUGUUUGUUAGUCUUAGACCAAGACCAGCCAAAGCCAUGGAUCCAGGCACCAAUCGGACCUCGUGUGCAAUGGGCAAAUAUAAGAGGGUCAUUAUUGCUGUACUCUGCGUCGUCAUUGGUUUAGCAAUCGUUGCUGUCGCUGCAUAUUUUGUGAAGGUUGCCAUCGACACUUAUUUAUUCUUCUGCCCCAAGACUUUCAAGUUCAUUGCCCUUGAUUUGCAAUGCAACGGGAUCAAAGACUGUUCAGAAGGUGAAGAUGAGCUUGGCUGUGUGUCAAACGUCACCUUCCAGGAAGAAUAUCCAGUGCGGAUUUACGGACCAAACUCCAUUCUGCAGGUGAAAGAUUCAACAACCCAGGAAUGGAAAAGUGUGUGUUAUGAGAAUUGGAAAUCUAAAUAUGCUCAAGUAGCAUGCAACCAGCUAGCCUAUACAAGAGACCCCGUGAGUGUCUCAUUGAAUAAGGAUCUCUGGCCUUCCUACAAGAUCAUCAAUAUCAACAAAGUUACAACCUCGAGCACCAUUCAAAGUCUGUUGACAGAUGGGACCUGCAAUUCCAAUCAGAUUGUCUCUCUUGUUUGCGCACGAUGUGAACGGAGUGGAACUGGGCGUAUUGUAGGGGGAGUGGAUGCCAUCAUUGAUGAAUGGCCCUGGCAAGUCAGCCUCCAGUACAAGAACCAUCACCUGUGUGGUGGCAGCAUUAUAACCUCCCGGUGGGUGAUAACAGCUGCACACUGUUUCCCAGAGGAAUAUCAUCAGAUUGCAAACUGGAGGGUGUUUGCUGGAAGUGAGCGCCUUCACUCUGGAGGGAGCACAUUUUCUGUCAAGAAUAUCAUCAUGCAUGGGAACUAUAACCGGCUGACCAGUGAUUAUGACAUUGCCCUGGUAAAAUUGAGGUCUCCCUUGCCUUACACAGAUAACAUCCGUCCAGUUUGUUUACCCAACUCUAACAUCCCAGCGCAGAAGAACAUGGCAUGGGUUACUGGCUGGGGCUACAGGAAAGAAUUUGGUGAAGUGUCUCCUAUUCUGCAGAAGGCCAACGUAAUGAUAAUUAACCGAGAUAUUUGUAAUCGGAGGCAAUAUUAUUCUGGGAGGAUCACAACACGCAUGCUGUGCGCUGGCUACCUUACUGGCAAAGUGGAUGCAUGUCAGGGUGACAGUGGGGGGCCGCUAGUUUAUCAAUAUAAGCAUUGGCAGCUGGUUGGUAUCGUGAGCUGGGGCACAGGAUGUGCCCGCAUUGGUCGGCCUGGAGUUUAUACCAAUGUAACUGUACUGCUCAACUGGGUCUACAAUGUCAUGAAUGUAUGAGGUUGAAAGGUUUGGAGAAAAAUUUCACACUAGUCCUGGAUUUCCAGAAGGAUUCUACUCUUAAGAUUCAUAAAGGUCUCUGACUUGAACUGUUUACAUGAAUUGCUGCACGUGUGUGCCUUGGCUGACAGAAUACAGAAGUAAACACCAGCUGAUUCCCUGUCUUCAGCGUUCACACUAAAGGCCAAAACAUGCAUGCAUGGGGCUUUUAAGAUAAUGUUAACUUUGUCAACUUGAAAAUUGAAUACAAUUCUACAGUGCACUUUUUUGCUAUCAAUAUUUACAUGAUGGGUUGAAGUUCUUUUAAAUGAAGACUGCCACAAAUGCCAGUAGGCCAAAUGUUAAUCUUUUCGACUCAAAUGAUUUCCAAAAUUAAUUUUGCAUCAAAAAUAUUCAUAGAUGACCAGAUAAUUUUUGAUUCUUGCCUUUUUGCUCUAAGACUGCUGAAUCAAAUGGCCAGAUUUUUGCACAGAAUUUCAAGGCUGCCAAUCAAUAAAUCCCAUUAUUGGGAGUGAAGAUGUGAUUGAUAACUUGAUUGACCUGUCAGGUAUAUCAAUGAUCACAACCCACUGAAACCCUUCCUAGAACCAACUUCACUGCGGGAAGUAAAAGUAGCUUUUACAAAUCAGACGUACACUUAAGAUGAGAGUUGGAGUUCAGGGAUGCAGUCUUGCCGUGUUUUAUACACCAAAUGUUAGAAUUGAAGCACUACAUAAUUAACUAUACAAGAAUGGAUCUGAUUCUGCAAGGGAAAUACUUCAGGUCCUCAGGUGGCAAGAUUCAAUAUACCUCAAAUUGUCCAAUACAAAGGGUUUAUUUUUGUCCAUGUGAAUUUUAGUUUUGAGCUGUGAAUUUGUUCCUAAACUAGACCACACAUACAACUGAGCUGAAUUCCAGUGUAGCAAGUAGCUGUCUGCAGUGAGAUUCAGGUAAUCUGGGAAAUCAUAUCCUUGGGAUACAGUCCAACCCCGUUUCGAUGUCUUUAUGCACAUUUUCGUCAUCUCUAAAAUCUGCACUGUUGAAACUUGAUGGGUAUUUCAAUGUGUUCUGCUUUCAGGAUAAAGUAAUUUUAUUUAAAUGUCACUAACUUGUAAAAGCUUUUGUUUAAAUAGAAAAGCCAUUUUUUUUGUUGAAUUUAUUAAAUUGCACAGGAAGAGAUGUUGAAAAUGCAGUGUCUAGGCUCGGUGGGAGGGCAGUUUCUUGUGCUUGCUUCCCUUUGCCAGCCAGCUCUCUGGUCUAUAUUGGGAGCUGAUCUCUGCCAGUGUAAUGGGAAGGGAAGGAGUUGGAUUGCAAUGAAAUGCAGUGCUCUUUGAUUAGAGCUGAAAAGGACACGUCACAAUUUCUAGUGAAUCCAAGUAAAAAAGCUGGCAUAGAACAAGUUCAAGAUUUGACUAUGAUGUGUUCCCUUCUCUUAUAAAUAUCCUGAUGGCAUUCACUGACUGAAUUUGCACAUGCUUAACAGCCAAUUGUAGAGGUGCAUUCAGGUGUCAGUGAGAUGACCCGGGGGGGGAGGGUCCUUUCAGUUGUGUAAAAGUUUAUUCUACAUACUGUACUUGCGUUAGGCAAAGCACUUGGAAAGUUGAUUCUUUGUAAAUAGUGCCACAAAGUGAUUACAAAUGGAAGGAGCAUCUCCAACUCAGUUUUUGUGCUAGAACAUCCUUUAUUGUCACCAACCUUCCAUUAAGUUGCCAUACAUCCAAAUGGUUAAAAGGCUCACAUGAUCCACCUGGAUUUAUUCCUGUGCUGGUGAUGAAUGACUCGUUUUGACCUUGAAAGCUUGUGACAACUUUGUAUCAAUAUGUCAUUUUAGAUUACUUUUAAAUAAUUAUAGAUUACUUUUAAAUAAAUCAAUCUUUU